AUGAGCUGCGGCAGGGCGCGCGUUCUGCUGGCGGUAGCGCUGCUGUCCGUGCGUCUCUGCCGGGCCCGGUCGGAGGACGCAGACUCCAGCACAGAAGACGAUGCGGCGCCGCCGUCGUACGCCGACGGCCCCGAGCCGUUCCUGCAGCUGCCCGGCGCGACGGCGACAGGUGCUGCGCUGUACGGCGGCUGCGGGGGUGGCAAGUGCGGCGGGGGCGGUGGCGGUGGCGGGGGCGGUGGGGAGCGCGGUGGCCGCUUCCUGGGCCUGCUGGCCGGCCUCAAGCUGGGCGGCAGCGACGCGGCGGGCAGCCUCGCCGCCUCCAACAGCUUCUCCUGGUUCGGCAAGCCCAUCAACUACGCGCUGUCGCUCUCCUACGGCAACCCGCAGCCCACGGGGCCCACAGGGCCGACGGCGCCCACCAACCCUACCAACCCCACAGGAACCGGCACCGGGACUGGAACCGGAACCGGAACCGGAACCGGAACCGGCACAGGCACAGGCACCGGCAGCGGCACCAGUCGCAAGAAGCCGUCCAGGAAGAGCAGGCGCCAGCCGCGGAGGACGGCGCUGCCGUCGGACCAGCUGCGCGAACAGCGCCGCCUCUUCCUCGACCAGCAUAACGCCAGGGUCGCCGCCAUGAACGCCCGCCUGCACGGCUGA